GUGUCUGAGGGGCUGGUGUUCAGUCUCUGAGAGAUCUGGGUGCAGUGUCUGAGAGAUCGGGGUGCAGUCUCUGAGAGACCGGGGUGCAGUGUCUGAGGGGCUGGUGUUCAGUCUCUGAGAGACCGGGGCGCAGUGUCUGAGGGGCUGGUGUACAGUCUCUGAGAGACCGGGGUGCAGUGUCUGAGGGGCUGGUGUUCAGUCUCUGAGAGACCGGGGUGCAGUGUCUGAGGGGCUGGUGUUCAGUCUCUGAGAGACCGGGGUGCAGUGUCUGAGGGGCUGGUGUACAGUCUCUGAGAGACCGGGACGCAAUGUCUGAGGGGCUGGUGUUCAGUCUCUGAGAGACCGGGACGCAAUGUCUGAGGGGCUGGUGUACAGUCUCUGAGAGACCGGGACGCAAUGUCUGAGGGGCUUUAAGGACUGGUGUACAGUCUCUUGAGAGACCAGCACUCAGACAGGGGCAGUGUUUCAUCAGUUAAAAUUGUUAUAACUAUAUUUUGUCUUUGAUAAAGGAAGCCUUUUGUGGAGAUGCUGUCAAAUUAGCAAAGAGUGAAACACGAAAGAGAAUGAAAGUGGCUGGAGGAGCCUGUCUGUCUCUACACCCCGCCCCCGACACUCACACAGAAAUCACUCCACAGCAGAACUGCUCUUCUGCCUUCAUUGCAUUUCAAAUCAACCCUUACUAUCUCCAGCAGGUAUCCUGAACAAUUUGAAAGAAUCCUGGAGCCAGAGGUUCACAUAUUUUGAAAUGAGUUUUAAAAAAAUAUCUAAACUGUAUGUUUCUUUUUUAAUUCAAAAUGUUAAAUAUUUCACACACACACACACACACACACACACACACACACCCCCCCAGCCCCCAUGUCUGCAGUCGUUAGGGAGCUGCUGUCUCCACUUCAGCAGCGGGAGUCGGGGGCUUCACUGUCUAAGUGCUUUGAUAGGACAAUGAUAACAGGGAUUGGAGGCUGGCUCGUGUAUAUAAGGCUGGGAGGGACAGUCGCACAUCAACACUGAGCACUCAGGAGCAUCAAGAAGCAGCACUAGGCAGCAGGAUCUUUGAGAAGAGAAGCCAGCAUGUUCUUCCCCGUGUUGAUGAUGUGCAGCCUGCUCAACACCGCCCUGCCCUUUGACCUGGGCCAGUCGACCCGCUGCGUGAGCAUCCCCCCGGAGAUGAGCGUCUGCCACGAUGUGGGGUACUCCGAGAUGAGGCUGCCCAACUUCCUGGGGCACACCAGCCUGGAGAACGAGGUCAUCCCCAAAUCUGAGGACUGGAGGCCCCUGCUGCAGACUGGCUGCCACCCCCAGGCCAGGACCUUCGUGUGCUCCCUCAUCGCUCCUGUCUGCCUUGACACCUUUAUCCAGCCCUGUCGCAGCAUGUGUGUGGCAGUGAGGGACAGCUGUGCCCCGCUACUGGCCUGUCAGGGUCAUGCCUGGCCCGAGGCUCUGGACUGUGAACGCUUCCCUGCUGAAGAGGAUAUGUGUCUCAGCCCGGUCUCUAAGGAGGCAGCACACUUCUACAAAGUUAUCCCCAAACCAACCUGCCAAGGAUGCCCUGCCGUGGAGGAGGCCUUUGCCUAUAAAAGAGUGCUGGAUGCUUUCUGCCAAAACGAUUUCGCAGUGAAAGUGAAAGUGACCCGACAGCGCUUUCCCUCCGAGGAGCCCGAGUUUGAGAUCGAGGGCCGUGUGGAGUUCAUCAGACAGGGCCAGCUCCUGCCCUACGACACGCACAGCCUUCUCCAGCAGUGGAUGCUAAUCAACGAGAGCUGCGGGCAGAGGCUGACGCGUAGCGGGCGAUCCCUGCUGUACGUGCUGGCUGGGGACGUGCAGGCUGACGGCACGGUGUCCGUCAAGCGCAUCUUCCAGUGGCACAAGAGAGACACGCAGCUCACCCUGGCGGUGCGCAAGUGGAGGCACCACAAGUGCUGAGCAGCCAGGCUGGGGAGAGACUGGGAUGCACUGCCCUGGGUUCUCAGGGUUUACCUUGUGAGGUUGUGACGGAGCUGGGGCUCACCAGCUGGGUGUCAGGCGUACCGGUUUAAUCGAUCCAAGCUAAAUCUGCAACAGCCUCCAGCCUAAACCCUGGGAUUGUGAAAAACCAGCAGGGCUGCUACAGAGAGGCUGGAGCCGGGCUGAAUACACAAGGAAUGCACUCUGAACCCCUACUACUGUAAAUAUGAAUCCGAACUAGAAUUGUAAAUAAUAACUAUUAUAAUAUUAUUACUGGAUGUUUUUAGUGUUGUCUGUAAGCAGUCAUUGGUAACCAUGGAAAUUAUUUACACUGCUGUAUGUAGAAUACGUGUGACAAUAAAAGCCCUUUUACAGUUUUUCUCAAUUGCUCAAGCAGAAUUCCUGAAACUAUUA